AUGGACUCCGUCUCGCUCCUCUCCCCUUCCCUCGACUUCAACAAAGAAAAAGACCACAAUGGUGGCCUCUUCUUCGACUCCUCUCUCCUCCAAAAACAAGCAAAAAUACCCAAACAAUUCAUAUGGCCACAAACCGAAAGACCUAACGCAUUGCCAGAAGAACUCAAAACUCCCAUAAUCAACCUCGAAGAGUUCUUCAGAGGUGACGAAGUUUCAACUCAACAUGUUGUCGAGCUCAUCAGGGACGCGUGUUCGGCCCAUGGAUUCUUUCAGGUGAUCAAUCAUGGAGUCGACAUCUCAGUUCGUCAAGCCAUAUUUGAACUUGUUGAUAGAUUCUUCAAGCUUCCUCUUGACCGAAAGUUACGUGCACGAAGGAGGCCGGGGUGCACGUGGGGAUACACGGGAGCUCACACUGACAGAUUCUCUUCAAGGUUGCCAUGGAAAGAGACGCUCUCUUUCGUAUACAAUGACGGUGGGGAUGAAGAACUAUUAUCCAUGCUAGGCAAAGAUUUCGAGGAGAUUGGGAAGGUCUACAAAACAUAUUGCAAAUCUAUGUUCGAGCUAGCACUUUCAAUAAUGGAGAUCCUAGCAAUGAGCCAAGGACUGACCAGAGAACGAUAUAGGGAAUUUUUCGAAGAUGGGAGUUGCAUUGUGAGAUGUAACUAUUAUCCGCCAUGCCAAGAGCCAGAGCUCGCGUUGGGGACCGGGCCCCACUGUGACCCCACGGCGUUAACCAUAUUGCAGCAAGAUCAGGUCAGAGGGCUUGAAGUGUUUGCCGAAGGAAAGUGGCAGUCAGUUAGUCCAGUGAGGGAUGCACUGGUUAUCAAUAUCGGUGACACGUUCAUGGCUUUAUGCAAUGGCAGGUACAGGAGUUGCCUUCAUAGAGCAGUGGUGAAUCCUCACAGAGAGAGGAAAUCCUUGGCAUUUUUCUUGUGCCCAAAGGGUGAUAGGAUUGUGAAGCCACCAUUGGAUUUGAGUUUUGAUUCGGAUUCGGGUUUGAUGGAGAGGAAAUACCCGGAUUUUAAGUGGGCAGACUUGUUGGAGUUUACUCAAAGGUGUUAUAGAGCGGAUACUAGAACCCUGCAGAGUUUCUCAGAUUGGAUUCAAUCAAAGGAAAGAAUGAGCCAUAAGCUUGAGGGAAAAUGAUGGUCCUUUUCUUUUUCUUUUUUUUUGGAGUUGUAUAUAUAUAAUUUCUCUUGUCUAUACUUUCAGUUGUACUUAUCA